ACAUUCAGCCAUCACUCCCGCGCGCGCUUGCAGGUGUGCUGGCUGACGUUGACAACGCGGAAGUGCGUUGUCAACAAUUCAGAAUUCACGGAGCAACAGCAGACAGCUGUCCCCCGUCGGCUACGAUGUCCAACGACGAAGGUGUCCGACACUGCCAGAGAUUCUCCUAUGUUUUGCUCAAAUUCACCCUGUUCACAUAUGCCAUCCUGUGGUGGUUAAUAGGCGGCUGUAUCCUGACCGUUGGCAUCUAUGCUGAGGUAGAGAGACAAAACUACAAGACGCUGGAGGGAACGUUUUUGGCUCCGGCUAUAAUCCUCAUCCUACUGGGAAUUGUCAUGUUCACUGUCUCUUUCAUUGGAGUCUUGGCUUCACUGAGGGACAAUCUGAUUCUGCUGAAAGUGUUCUUGUACACCCUGACAGUGGGUCUGAUCCUGGAGCUGCUGGGGGGAAUCUUGGUGCUGGCCUUUCACAAUCAGGCAUUGGCAUUACUCAACAAGAACAUCCGAAAGGGCAUAGUUAACUACUAUGACGACCUGGACUUCAAAAACAUCAUGGACUACGUUCAGCAGAAGUUUCACUGCUGCGGAGGUGAAACCUAUACGGACUGGAAAGUAAACAUGUACCACAGCUGCACUGCACCCGGUCCACUGGCCUGCGCUGCCCCAUAUACAUGCUGCAUUACUACUAGACCUAAUGAAGUGGCCAACACCCUGUGUGGGGACAGUAUGCUGAUGAAAGAACCUGCAGAAGCGCAGGAAACAAUCUACAUCACAGGCUGCAGUGAUGCGUUGAUCAUCUGGUUGAGGGACAACUUGAAGAAAGCGGGUGCACUGCUGCUGGGGAUCCUACUGCCUCAGUUCUUUGGUGUGAUAGUCACCUGGCUGUACAUCACUCGCGUUGAAGAUAUCAUCAAUUAUGAGACUCAACAGGGCGGUCUGCUGGCUCCAGACCCACGGGAAAGAACAUCCAAGACGCCGGGACGUGUGUCCAAAUGGUUCAAGUGUAUGCCAGAGUGGGACUGAUGAAGACAGAAAUCAGCAGGCGCCGCAUAAUGGACCCGAGCCAACACUUCAAUGCGUUCACCGUUUUCAGACUCCAGAUUGCUUAGGGUUGGACAUUAAAGGGUUUUUCAGGGUUCACUCCUCUGUCAAUUAUUAAUUAAUCUGCUGAAACACCGCCUUCUAAUGGAUGAGUGGGGAAGAAGUGCUCGUUUAUAAAGGUGCUUUUAGCUGCAGUGUACCUCACACACAGUCUCAGGGAAAAACACAGGAACCAGCGCAACCACUUGCUCUUCUUGCUCGUCGUGCUGUGACGUGAAUAUUGUCUGCUCGGUUUGAAAUGGGCAGUCACAAACACGGCUCUGACUCACUUUCUUGCUUGUAUUUGUAUUUUUUAUUUGACUUUUUUAUAAGCAGCUAUUGGUGAUGUUGUGAUAAAACCCUGAAAUGCAAACUAUUGUCGGCUGAGACACUAUUUACUUCUUUUGUACAACCUGUAUUUUAGACAAUUGCUUAUUUUUAAAUUAAUCUAACAAUGAUUUAUUACAGACAAUUUAUUUAGUAAAGCCUUAACUUUGACUUUCAGCUCAACAUACAAACUGAAGCGCUGCCAUAUCAGAUUAUCAUUGGUGUAUUGGUAUUAAUAAAAAAGUGCCACUUUAGCAAAGUAUAGCACUGACAAGUCAAGAGGGGUAUUGUGGUAUUGUGGGUUAUUGUGAAGCAUAGCAACACUGUCUCCUAGAAAUUAUAUUAAUAUAUUACCGUUAAAUGCAUGGAGAUCAUGAAGAAACGUUCACAAGAACAAAUCUGCUACAAAUUAUUCAUAAAUAAAAAUGAAGCUGUUGCAAAGUGCACGCAGGACUCGGGAUUAAAUCUGUGUCGAGUCCUGAGCUUUAUACACCCUUCAUCAACCCAGAGCAUCUCCUUACAAUUGUCUCAUGUCUGACUGUACUUGAGAAGAUGUUGCCACUGAAAAUAAACCUUCCUCUAAAAGCAGAUUUAGCAAAAUCCGCAAAAAUAAAUAAUAAAAUUCCCAGGAUACAGUGUUGCAUUAAAUAGCCUGACCAGUACGUGUUGUACAGAACACAUCAUAUUUUAUUGUUAAGAUUUAUAUAUGGACACUGGUCCUGACGUAACUGAAUGAAAUAAAUAUAAUGUGAUACUAAUCUUUGAUGUGAAGUUGGAACCUUAAACCAAAGAACAAAUCUGUGUUGUAUCUCAGCUUGUGUUUUUUUUUAUGUGACUGCACUCUACAUUUUUUAUGACACGUUCACAACCAUUUGAAGUUGGUUCAUUUCAGGUCUUGCCUGUAUUCAACCAGUCUAGCCCAGUUUGCUUAAGUUUCAGCUUGGUCAUGGUUAGACCAUAACUUGUAUAUAUCAGUAGGUUAAGGGUUUUUUUUUUGUUUGUUUGUUUGUUUUUUAAUAUGUGCCACAGUUACUGUCUGCUUCAAACAUUAAGACUGCACUCACACACAAUGAUUCGUCUUACAUAAAACGACGCCUUCUUUCUGAGUAAAUCGCAGUGAGAAAUGUUUCGUAAUGAUAAGAAAGCCUUUGUUUGUUUUUAUUAUUCACUUGUGACUUGGGUUAAUUCAUUUGUCUCAUUAAAGCCUAACUAAUGGAGGCAGGUUAAGGGAUUAGUUUGACUAAUGAAUGAUUUACAGCAAUUUUUAUUUGAAACCAAAUGCUCCUCUAUAAUGUUUUGCUCUCAUUCAUGACAUUUAAUAUGUAUAUUUGCUGUUAAUUUAUACCGUACUACACUAAACCUAAACUGUGUUUCAGUUAAAGUGCCAGUGUUGACUUUCUAACAGAGACGUAUACAUGUGAAGUUAUGUUAGUUUAACAGUGGCUUGGACAUUCAGCUUACCUUCCGUGUGUGUUGCCAUGUGCUAUGUAUACAUCAUCUGUCACGAGCUUUACUUCACACAAUCGUGGGUGGCCUCGCCGGCAACAGCAUCAUCUGGGUUUAAAAGUAAGUCUUCUGGUAACUAUGAAUUGGAUCAGCUGAAAGAAGCGUGUUUUUAAAAUGGUUUGAAAGUGGAAAAUAAAAGUAUUUUGUGCUGUGUAA